UGUUGAUAGACGCUUCCAUGAGACGGAGGGGGAGCUAACAGCGAAGCUCAGCGCGAGUUAACUUGUCCUAGCUUGAUACCGAGCCGUUGGAACAGUCGAGAACAAUUUCGGUUAGAAAAACAACCAUAAAAACAUGCCUCGAGUUUACAUUGGACGACUUAGUUACCAUGUCCGAGAGAAAGACAUUCAGCGUUUUUUUAGCGGGUAUGGAAAACUGAUGGAGAUUGAUCUGAAAAACGGGUACGGAUUUGUGGAAUUUGAAGACAACCGGGACGCUGACGAUGCCGUGUACGAGCUGAACGGGAAGGAGCUGUGCGGGGAGCGGGUGAUCGUCGAACAUGCCCGGGGCCCGCGGAGAGACCGAGAUGGCUACGGAGGGGGUUCCUGGGGUGAUGGGCGCAGUAGUGGUGGUUAUAGCAGCAGGAGCCGCACUGGCAGGGACAAGUAUGGACCCCCAGUUCGCACAGAGUACCGUCUCAUCGUGGAGAACUUGUCCAGCCGCUGUAGUUGGCAGGACCUCAAGGACUUCAUGCGUCAGGCAGGCGAGGUGACGUAUGCCGACGCCCACAAGGAGCGCACCAAUGAGGGCGUGAUUGAGUUCCGGAGCCACUCUGACAUGAAGAGGGCCAUGGACAAGCUGGAUGGCACGGACAUUAAUGGACGCAAGAUUCGGCUGGUGGAGGACCGGCCCCGCAGGCGGCGAUCCUACUCUGGCAGCCGCUCCAGAUCUCGUAGUCGUCGCCGCUCCCGCAGCGGAAGCCGCAGGAGUUCCAGAAGCCGCUCCAGAUCCCGCUCCAGGUCUCGUUCCCGUAGUGACAAAAGACGUCGCAAUUCCCGCUCCAGGUCUGGAAGAAAGUCUCGCUCCAGGUCAGGCGACAGGAAAUCGCGCUCUCGCAAAAGCACAUCGCGUUCUCGAUCUCGCAAGUCCAAGUCUCGCUCCCGCUCUGGUGGCCGAAAAUCCAAGUCUCGCUCCCGUUCCGGUGACCGAAAAUCCAAAUCUCGCUCCCGUUCCGGUGACCGAAAAUCCAAAUCUCGCUCCCGUUCUGGUGACCGAAAAUCCAAAUCUCGCUCCCGUUCCGGAGACCGAAAAUCCAAGUCUCGCUCCCGUUCUGUUGACCGAAAAUCCAAGUCUCGCUCCCGUUCCGGAGACCGAAAAUCCAAGUCUCGUUCAAACAGCCGCUCCAAGGGCAAGUCUGAACGGGAUUCCCGUAGUAGGUCAAAGGAGAUGUCUACUGAUAAGAAGUCUCGCAGUCGUUCAGCGUCUCCUGUCGAGAACGGAAAAGAGGAUUGCGCUGCCAAGUCAGCCUCCCGCUCUCCGUCCCCACAGGAAGGUGAUCGCCGCUCUAAUUCAAGAGAGAAGCGUUCAGCUUCUCGCUCCAAAUCCCGAUCCAGAUCCAAGUCUAAGUCCCGUUCACGGUCCAGAUCAGCCUCUCGAGAUUAG